CAAAGGAUUACCAAGAUUUGUGCCACGCAUCUCCAUUGAAAUCCAUGAGACAAUAGAAUUCCACGUGCCUUUAAUGGAACCUCACGAAUUUCUCAAGACUAUCGAAACUGGUGUAAAGUUCAGGCAAACAUUUCUACAAGCAAACCUCACAGCAGGCCGUGUGGUUUACGGAUUUCGUACGCAACUUUAGAGCGUCUCUAAGUGUGAUUUAAUUUAAAAUGGAGGCCACCAUUUAUGAGGAUCAAAGCUUUCUGUUAGCAAAUAAAAAUUCCUGUGCUCAAGACAAUGAUAGAUUAUGGUUAAAUUUAACGACUGAGUGCAAGACAUCGGCAAGGAGAGACGAUUUUGAUAUCUCAGAUCUACUGAGAUCUCCGGAUAUCGGGAUUUCAUCGCCGGAUCUUGAGACGAUCGUUUGGAGAAACUUUCCUGAUUCUUGCGCAGUAAAAUUACAGUCAACAUCUCCUCCACCGCCAAUUUUUGCCACACAAGAAGAUUACUCCGCACAGAAAGUCACCGCAGAACAAGAGGUGUUUGCAAGGGGAUUUACCGACGCGCUUCAACGUUUGCGAGAAGAGAGGGAACUGCGUGAAGCAAGCAAAACUCGGACGCCCACGGAGGACGAAUCAAAUAAAGUGGUCGAUGACUCGAAAUGCACUUUCAUCUCUUACAGAUUUGAUUCAUCUUUCCGUUUGCCGUCUUUUCAAGAAACUUUUUUACCUGUUAGAUGUACGGGUGCUACAAUUAAAACCAAAGCAGAUCAAAACACGCAUAGAACUUUUUCUGAACGAGAAUAUGGACAACAGCUCGAGCGGUCGGAGGAUUCAGAAUGGUUUAAAGUGGAAACGUUAGAAGAAGGAUUCUCAGGACAACAACAGUGCCCAUAUAGCGACUGUUUGCUAAAUUCUGCCGAAGAAGAAUCGGACGAUUGUUCGACUAAUUCGCCUUUAUCUGAUUACACGGCAAAUGACUAUAGCGUCGGAGAUUUUGAAAUCGACCGCAGAGCUGCAGAUGACAUGGAUUUCCAAGAAGGCGUCCAUGCACAAGACAACUUUCAGCCACAUAACGAGUGGCUCUCAGAAGAACAACACAUGAUUCAGGACACCCCGACACCAAAGCACUGGCUAACAGUUCACACAAAACUCUAUAACAUGUCGGUCAUAAAGCAAGAGCCGAACAGUGUAGACGACCAGUCACAAUCAUCCAAAAUGCCUGACGUUCAGGGUUUCAUCAAAACGGAAAAAAAACGGCGGAAAAAUCGUCUGGCGGCGUGGAAAUGCCGUCAGAAAAAGCUUAUUCGUGAAUCAAGGCUCGAAACAACAGUGGAGGAGCUUUGUAUGGAAAAUUCAAGGUUGAUGGAAGAACUGGAAAAAUUGAAACGCAAAAGGCAGCAAUUGGAACAAACAUUUAUCAAGCAUGUGACAAGUGGAUGUGAGGAGGCCCAUGUUCAGUACACUGAAACAUUUAAUGGCGAAAGCUAAAGUGAAUGCCUUGAUAUAUUGUUCUUUCGCUGGUUUUUCACAUCAUAUCGUUCUUAAUCACAAAAGAGAACCUUUAAACAAAAAAACAUGACGGACUAUUGAGAAGCGAAAAGACAACCG